AUGAACUACGGAAUCUUCAAGGUGAAAAACGUAGAUAAAAACUACCUAGAUUACUGGGAAAUGUCCACCUUAGGAUUCUAUGUUAGGGUAUCAGUAGGGCAGUAUAUCAAAGAUGAAAAUACAUCAGCUUUACUAGCGCAGCAGGGAUGUUUGAUUCCGGGUUUGACUCCGGUUGCGAAUCCGGUUGUGAUCUUCGGGAGUAGUAGCCCCGGAAAUAGUGACCCCGUCAGUAGUGACCCGGCAGGUAGUGACCCCGGCAUUAGUAACCCCGGUAGUAGUGACCCCGGCAGUAUGUGA